CCCAAGUUUGAAGGUCUCAUUAAAAAGACAGAAUCAAAUCAAACUGAUUUUCAUUGAUUAGAUUUCCUUCCAAAAAUCCUGUUAUUGUCUCUAUAUAUAAUCAACCUUUGUUUUCUCUCUUACUACGCAAAAACAGCACCCUUUUCGUUCAUUAUCAAUGGCUCCAAGCUUAAGCAAAGUUAGUGUUUCAGGCCUUGGUGAUGGCCAUAACCAGUAUCUCCUUUCCCUUGAAGGCUCAAACUUCAUUGCCAAUGGUCAUGUUUUUCUCUCAGAUGUCCCUCAAAACAUCAUAGUAACUCCUUCCCCUUAUGGUUCAUCCACUGACAAAACAAUACCAAGUAGUGUUGGAUCCUUUGUCGGAUUUGAAGCUGUUGAAUCCAACAGCCGCCAUGUUGUUCCCAUUGGAAAGCUCAAUAACAUCAAGUUCAUGAGCAUUUUCAGGUUCAAAGUUUGGUGGACGACUCAUUGGGUUGGUUCCAAUGGAAAAGACCUUGAAAACGAAACUCAAAUGGUUAUUCUUGAGAAAUCAGCUUCUGGAAGGCCUUAUAUUCUUCUCCUUCCCCUCCUCGAAGGCCCUUUCAGGGCCUCCCUUCAGCCUGGAACCAACGACAACAUCGAUAUUUGUGUCGAAAGCGGGUCGACGAAGGUCACCUCGGCCAGAUUCCAGAGCGUUCUUUAUGUUCAUGUAGGUGAAGAUCCAUUCAACUUGGUCAAGGAAGCCAUGGAAGUGAUGAGGGUUCACCUUGGAACCUUCCAGCUGUUAGAUGAAAAGACCCCACCAGGGAUCUUGGACAAAUUUGGAUGGUGCACUUGGGAUGCAUUUUACCUUACUGUGCACCCUCAAGGUGUUUGGGAAGGUGUCAAGGGCCUAGCCGAAGGAGGAUGCCCACCGGGGAUGGUGUUGAUCGAUGAUGGAUGGCAAUCCAUCAGCCAUGAUGAGGAUCCUAUCACUAAAGAAGGCAUGAAUUGUACUGUUGCCGGUGAGCAAAUGCCAUGCAGAUUAUUGAAGUUUCAAGAGAAUUACAAGUUUAGAGACUAUGGAAGUCCUAAAACUUUAGCCACUGGUGAACCAAAUAAGGGCAUGAGUGCCUUCAUUAAAGAUCUUAAGGAUGAAUUCAACACUGUGAAGUUUGUUUAUGUAUGGCAUGCUUUAUGUGGAUAUUGGGGUGGUUUAAGGCCUAAUGUACCCGGAUUACCGGAAUCCGAGAUUAUCAAGCCAGAACUGUCGCCUGGAUUGAAGAACACGAUGGAAGAUCUCGCUGUUGAUAAGAUUGUUAACACCGGCAUCGGAUUGGUACCGCCGGAAAAGGCUGAUCAACUUUAUGAAGGAAUUCAUUCGCACUUGAAAAAUGUUGGUAUUGAUGGAGUCAAGGUGGAUGUUAUCCAUUUGCUGGAAAUGUUGUGUGAAAACUAUGGUGGAAGAGUUGAUCUUGCCAAAGCUUAUUACAGAGCACUAACAGAUUCAAUAAGGAAGCAUUUCAAUGGCAAUGGUGUUAUUGCUAGCAUGGAACACUGCAAUGAUUUCAUGUUUCUUGGAACAGAAGCCAUUUGCCUUGGCCGUGUUGGUGAUGAUUUUUGGUGUACUGAUCCAUCUGGUGACCCUAAUGGCACAUUUUGGCUCCAAGGCUGUCACAUGGUUCAUUGUGCCUACAACAGUUUGUGGAUGGGCAACUUUAUCCACCCUGAUUGGGACAUGUUCCAAUCAACUCACCCUUGUGCCGAGUUCCAUGCCGCUUCUCGGGCAAUCUCUGGUGGUCCGAUUUACAUCAGUGAUACUGUUGGAAACCACAACUUCCCUUUGCUCAAACGACUUGUAUUGCCCGACGGUUCGAUCCUCCGAUGCCAAUACUAUGCACUUCCAACCAAGGAUUGCCUCUUUGAAGAUCCUCUCCAUGAUGGCAAGACCAUGCUCAAAAUCUGGAACUUAAACAAGUUUAAUGGUGUGAUUGGGGCAUUCAAUUGCCAAGGUGGUGGAUGGUGCCCUGAAACCAGAAGAAACCAUUGUGCAUCUCAGUUUUCUCACAUGGUGACAGCUAAAACCAACCCCAAAGACAUUGAAUGGAACAAUGGCAAAAACCCAUUCUGUAUUGAACAUGUUCAAGUUUUUGCACUCUACUUGUCUCAAUCCAAGAAACUGGUCCUCAAAAAACCAGAUGAAAACAUUGAAAUCUCAUUGCGACCAUUCGAUUUCGAGCUUGUGAUCGUCUCACCAGUGACUGUCUUGGCUGGAAAACCAGUUCAUUUUGCUCCUAUUGGAUUAGUGAACAUGUUGAAUGCUGGUGGUGCAAUACUUACAUUAACAUAUGCUGAAUUAAAGAGGUCAGCGAAGAUGGAAGUGAAAGGAAGUGGUGAAAUGAGAGUGUUUGCCUCAGAGGAACCAAAAGCUUGCAAUAUUAAUGGAAAUGAUGUUGGGUUUUUGUAUGAAGAACAAAUGGUCAGUGUUCAAGUUCCUUGGGUUGGUCCUUCAGGUUUAUCUACAAUAGAAUAUCUGUUUUAAGUAGCUUCAUUGUUCAUGGAUUAUGGUAGGAAAUUUUGAAUUUUAAGUUAUAAGAAUAUAAUUGUUGAAAUGUAAGUUUUCAUGAUUCAAGAGUUGGAGCUAGAGUCGAAUAUAUAUUUAAGGAAUGAUAAAAUCAUAGUCAUGCAAAUCAGAAUACAA